AUAGGAGCAUGUCGGAGCAUGGCGACGCGAACAAACUAUUUAUUUUUGGUCACGUGGUUAUUUGAGACGGUCUUGAAAUAAGAAUCAAAUUUUGUAACAUUUCCAAACUUCUCUUCAGGAUAAAAAUUCGUGAACGAACUUGUCUAUUGGACAGCUUACGUGUUCUCGGUGUUCUUACGUUCCAAAACUACAAGCCGGAAAGAAACGUGUCUAUUUUGUGAAUAAGUUCCGAAAUCGUAGUAGUAUUUUCAGUAAUAUUCUUGAAUUUCAAAAACUUCUAUUCCUUUACCGCCAAGUGGAGGAAUACCGGAUACCGAAGUCCAGGACCAGGAUAUCAAUUUUCUUCUUCGUAUUGCUUUGGUAUUGAUUCGUAUCGCUUUGUAUUGCCGAUCAAGAGACAGGACUGAACCGGAGUAUCGACUCUUAGAUUUUUAACAACAGACUAAGGAUACCUUAGAAUUUAUUACGUUCUCUUAUCUAUCGCACGGCCAAUUCUUACGAAUUGUGCAGGAUGAGUAUCGUCGACGAUGUUCUCUUGUGCCCUUACAACAAGUAUCAUCGUAUACCCAGUUCCAGAUUUCAGCGGCAUCUCGUAAAAUGCGAGAAGAAUUUCCCACCUGAUUACAAGGUUAUUUGCCCGUACAACGCGACUCAUCGUCUCAGCAAAAGCGAAAUUAGAGAACAUAUUGAUACAUGUCCUAUGAGACGAACUGUUGAAGGAAGCUACAUUCAACCUUCAAGAACUUAUGAAACAGCUUCAAGACCAGAAUCAGAUGAGUGCAGAGAUGACAACUACACCAGUUACAACAGCUAUUAAGAAAAUCAAGAUAUGUAAAAAUGACCAAAAUUUCUUUCAAUUGUCAUACUAAUAUAAAUAAAUCAAACCCAUACAUUAGUUGAAGAACAUAUGAAACUAUGUUGUUAGCUACAAUUAUGAACUAUAACUACAAAUGUUUUCAAUGAAUGGACAUCAUAAAAUGUGAUAAUGUGUAGUUACUUAGAAUUUCUCUACGAUAUAUAUUUUAUCAUAUGACAGAAUUUAGAAUAUCAUUAUACAAAUAGAAUAAUUGUAAAAACAAUGAAAAAAAGAUUAAAACCAGAAGAAAAAAUAAAAA